CCUCCCGAACCGCGGACCUUGUUCCCACCGCUCCUGGCAUGUCUACCCACGGCCUUCAUGUCCCCGCGACCUCCGCCAGCGCUGCUACCUCUGCUCUCGCCCAUCCUACGUCAACGAGUCAACCUCCUCGCUGCCAACGCUUCCUCAGGCCAAGGCGGCUGGCUAAACCUACUCUCCUGGUCGUCAUCCCGCUCUUCGAAACUCGGCGCCAAAGCUGAAAACCUGCAACUGGAAGCCCAUCCCGUAUCUGGCGAGCUCGAACUCGAGGACAUUGACAAGAUUGGCUACAGAAGGGUAGAUGAGGAAACAUUGCAGUGCUGCUUGCAAGUCGAAGAGUUUGGACUAUUGCCUGUGUACAUGUGGUGCGAGAACGAUGCCGAAGGUGGGCAAGUCGGUGGCACAACUGGCUGGAGGCUAGCAGAAUUGCGCGCCCUCGAGGACCUCAGCGAAGACGUUGCCCAAUGGUCCGAUUCCAUCGACGCAGCAAACGAUGUCUUCGAAUCAAAGUCGCACCCGAACGCCCCUUCAACAACCAUUCCUCAACAAGCAACGGCCGAAGACCAGGAUGAUGACGAUGACGACUACUGGGCCAGCUACGACAGAACGCCCAACAACAGAACUCCCGCUCGAACACCUGCCAAACGCGCUAGCCCCGCGCCUGGCACCAGCACUUCGUCGAAUCUCGCCCCCACCAACGAUGAACUCGAGUACUUUGCCCGCUACGCCGCUGAAGUCCAGCCCGCCCUCGACGAGCAUGACCCCGAUGAAGAGCAUCCCGAAACCGCAAACUCGACUCUGCGCGGUGGUGAGCUCAGUACGAAAAAGACGGCAGGAGAACCCAACACCAACCCCGCUCCCCCCAUGUACGCAGCCGAGAACAACGAAUUCAACAAGACACUCCAAUCACAAAAACAAGAGCUGGAAGCACCGAGACCUACAUCUCCGGGCAGCAGCGUAGACGUUCUCGAACGUGGUGCCGAGGACAUGACAAGAGCAGAGAUUGGCGUGAAGCAAUUCAUCAGUACCGAAAUGAAGAGCAUGUUCCGUCUUGCCAGAAGCGUGGGCAUGGGCAGAGAAGAAUUUGAGAGGAUCAUCAAGACCGAGAUUGAUGUCUUGAGCAUGCUCGAG